CAUUCCGCUCUCAACAAACCCCCCUCGCUCAUAACGUUUUAGUGAAAAGUUGCAUUACUUUUAGUGCGACAAUGGAUACAAAACGGGCGAUAUUAAUGGCUUUUAUCUGCAUUGUCGUCGCCGGAGUCGGCGGUCAAUCUACCGGAUCACCGCCAAGUCCAACUACACAGGCGCCGCCAGCCCCAACUACACAGGCACCGCCAAGUCCAACUACACAGGCGCCACCGGCUCCAACUACACAGGCGCCGCCAAGUCCAACUACACAGGCGCCUCCAGCUCCAACUACACAGGCGCCGCCAAGUCCAACUACACAGGCGCCGCCAAGUCCAACAACACAAGCACCACCAAGUCCAACCCCUGCCUCCACACCACCACCAGUAGCUACUACACCUCCACCCACGUCCUCUCCACCCCCGGCGGUUACAUCUCCGCCUCCAGUUACCGCUCCUCCCACUCCACCUGCUUCACCUCCACCAGUUGCUACUCCACCUCCAUCGAGUCCGCCGCCCCCUGCUAGUCCUCCACCACCUGCUGCUCCCACACCUGCACCACUAGCUUCUCCGCCAGCUACGGCACCAGUUGCGACUCCAACCACAUCUCCUGCGCUAUCUCCGUCUUUGACGAGUCCUGCGAAUCCAUUGAACGGAUCUCCGGCCCCGAGUAUCCUGGCUCUUUCUCCUGCUCCAAUAUCAGCCACUGAUCAGAGUGGAGCAGAUUCGACAUUGCAGAAGAUUAGUGGGAGCUUUGUCUUCGGAAGUGCUUUGGUCUACUUGCUACUUUAGAUCUGUUUUUCUCUCCAUAUUCACAUAUAUAUUGCUGUCUUAUUAUUAUUAGUCCCUAUUGUUAUGGACGUUUUUACUUGUACUUGAUGAUGAUACAUUGAUUUUGAUUCUUUUGUUGGGGCUUUUGUAUUGAGAAGAGUUAUUUUGAAUGAGAUUAUCUUUAGCUUAUGCCAUUUUCA